AUGAGAUACUGACCAACCAUAUCUUGCAGCAACCAGGCCUAUGUAGUGGAGCUGAAACCGAAAUUUAGACCAACAACUGAAGAAGGAUUUUGAUGAGAGGUAGAGCUGUGUGGGAAUAAAGCAACUAUUUUCCACUCCGACUUUAAGUAUACGUUUGUGAUCAUCAUCCCCAGCAAAAGAGCAGGGACAAAUGGUCCAAUUGCCAAGAAGAGGAUACACCGAAAAAUCAAAGCUAAUCUAACUAAAGAUAAAGUAGUUGAAUAGAAGGCUGACAUACAGUUGAAGGGUUGAGGAUGUCUGUAAGCUUGAACUAAAUACUGUUCCAGAAUUGCAAAGCUGCCUAGCUCGAUCAACAAUCCAUAAACUUGAUCUUUCAAAUUGAGGAGGACCAAAAUACUGAGAUUGAAAGAACCGGUCAAAAAGGUUUGCAAAUUAAUCAAAGGAUUAUCUCAAAGCAAAAACUUUAAGACAAGCCCUUGUGGUAUCGUAGUGUUAGGCUGGGAAAUGAACAUGAGAUACAUACGCAAAAUAUUUGAUGAAAACGGCUUCAAAUAUGUGAA